UGAGAAUAUUUAUACAUAUCUAUACUGACUCCGUAGUCGAAUGCUUACCAUACACAAGGUACAAGGGCUACGAGGACCUCGAUCAGUUCAUACAAGCUACACCCAUUUUGACCCAGUAUAUGUACUCGGUGGGCUUCUUUUCAGACAGACAGUCAGACACCAAUACUCAACGAUGGAAGUCAGUCAGGCAGAUACAAAAAAACUGUUUUCAUGUCCAAUGGUAAGAUGUCCGACCUUUGCUCAGCUGUCAGAUAUCGCCCGGGAUAUUGGGCUACAUUUAGAAGACGAUGAACUUAAGGGUUUUCAUGCAGCCAUAAAAGGAAACAUUGAAGGAAUAAAUGCGACAGAAGAUAUCGUGGAGCCAAGGUUACCAACAAGGUAUCCUAGACUUCCAGGCCACAGGCCAGAACAAAAGGACAAUCCCUACAAUGCAUGGUACUGGAAAUGUGAAAUCCAAGGAGCCAGCAGUGGUAAAUUAGCGGGGAAACGAGUUGCUAUCAAGGAUUGCGUAGCGGUAGCAGGGAUCCCUAUGAUGAACGGAUCACAUGCUCUUGAAGGAUUCACACCUGAUUUUGAUGCAACGGUUGUUACAAGAAUACUUGAUGAAGGUGCCACAAUCGUGGGUAAAUCUGUGUGUGAGAAUCUGUGUUUCUCAGGAACUAGUUCUACUGCUGCCAAAGGACCAGUGAAGAAUCCUCAUGAUCCUACCCGCUCGACUGGAGGAUCGAGCUCAGGAAGCGCUGUUCUAGUUCAGACCGGCGAGGUGGACAUUGCAAUCGGUGGUGAUCAAGGAGGGUCAGUCCGUCUUCCAUCUGCUUGGACAGGUAUCGUUGGACUGAAGCCCACCUAUGGUCUGGUGCCUUACACAGGGGCGAUGGGAAUCGAAAUGUCAUUGGAUCAUCUUGGCCCUAUGGCUAGGACUGUCCAUGACUGUGCAUUGUUCCUUGAGGCAAUCGCAGGUUAUGAUGGCGGUAUGGACUCGAGACAACAUCCUCAUAUGACUGUGCCUCAAUAUACGAAAGAAUUGGAGAACGCAAGCAUCAAGGGACUAAAAGUUGGAAUUUUAGAAGAAGGUUUUACAAUGCCUGGUGCUGAUGUUUCCGUCAACAAACUACUGAAGGACAUAACCAACAAACUCACAUCGGGUGGUGCUGUUGUUCAGGACAUCUCGGUGCCUAUUCAUUCUAUCUCGCAUAACAUUUGGGGAGCAACAAUAGAGGGCUCUCAUGAGAACAUGUACCGUCUCGGAGGUUGCGGCCAUGGUCACGUGGGCUUUUAUCCUACCAGCUUCGCGAUAGCUUCUGGGAAGAUGAUGUCAUCCAGGAUUGAUGAUCUUUCAGACACAAUGAAGAUGGUUAUGCUUCAAGGAGAAUACUUACAGAAACAAUACAAGAGCCAGGUGUAUUGCCGAGCAAGGAAUCUGGUUUUCACUCUCCGUCAGGCAUAUGACAAAGCUUUGGAAUCAGUAGACGUCAUUGCAAUGCCUACCAUACCUUUUACUGCUUCAAAGCUCGUCUACAAAGAUGAUUCACAAUCCGAAUACUUCAAGAAAUGUUUUGAAAUGGCAGUUAACACCAUGGCUUUUAACUUGACCGGUCAUCCCGCUAUCAGCGUCAAUUCCGGCUACCUCGAUGGCUUACCGGUCGGACUCAUGUUGAUAGCAAAACACUUCGAUGAAAUCACAAUCUUUAAAGUUGCUCAGGCUGUUGAGAAGAUCAGAGACGAGACAAAAUAGAAAUAUAAUACAAACAAAUAUGUUUCUGUCAACCUUGAUUAGGUAUGAAGGCUAUAUUCGGUUAGUGAAAAGGUUAAUGAACGUAUUAGCAGUAUUGGGCUUGAGUUUACGAGUCAUUUUCUUCAAAGUCAUAAUUUGAGUUUACGUUCGUCUUGUCUACUGUACGCCUAUAAGUUUGGUAAUCUUUUUCAUAUUUUCAAUAUGUUUUUAAAAUAUGACUUACGGGCUAUACGAAUAUUUUUUUGGUUUAUUACAGUAUUUUUAGUAUUUGUUUUGAUGUUCAUGUGUCGCUGUUUUAAGUGAUAUUUUUAUAAUCUAUUUUAGGUAUAAAUAGAUUUUAUCACCCUUGCACAAUCCAUGAUUGUUUUAUCCUAUUUCAUUUUUUACCUUAUAUGCUUAUUAUAGGGACAUUUUAACCAUGAUAUGAAAGGAGUUUGUUUAUGAUUAGUCGCGAUAGAUAUCAUGUCAUCCUUUUCUCAAUCAUCCAAUAUGCAUUUCGUAUUAUGUAACGUUUCACUUUGUCGAAUUAUGUCUGUUUAUUGGGAUAUUUAUGUAAAUUUUGAUAAUUUUGCCAUAUUGUUUAUACAAAAUUUCCAUUGAACACAUUUGAAAAACAUAAUACCAGUUAUGAUGCUGUAAGGUGUAAUUUUUGUGAUAGAUUUUGACAUAUUAUCACACAUCUCACAUUUUGCCUUUUUUCUUGGUCGUGAUCAUUGUUUUUUUUUUUGGGGGGGAGGGGGGAUGAUGCCCCCACGAUGGUGUCUCUAUGUAUACAAUUUCCAAACAAAUUGCCUGUCUGUAUAUCAUCCCGAUAUUUUUUUUAGUGAUUCUUUUACUGAAGUGUCGUUAAUUUCUAUGAAAAUUGUUUCUUAUAAACUAGCUAUUUCAAUGCCUUAUUUUGUUAUGUUAAUCGAUAUGAACGUCAAUAGUGACAAUACCCCCUCCCCCUUGUCAGGAUUUUCGACGUGCAUCGGUGAUUUUGUAAGCUUUUAAUGUUUAUGUGAAUUAUUAAUUGAUGAUGCCUGAAAUUUAUGUACUGAAAUCAAUAAAUUGAGUCUUUAUUGUGA